CACUUGCUUCUACACUCCCGAUCUCCAGCGCGUCGAACAUGAAGCUCAACAUCGCGAUCCUCCUCGCCGCGCUCGCCGCCACCGCUUCCGCGAGUCCAGCUGGCGAUAUCAGCGAAGUUGCCGUCGACGCGGAUGCCAGCGAGCUCCUCGUCGACCCGCGCGCCGAACUCCCCGUCGCACCCCGUGCCUCCUUCUUCAUCGACGCCCGCCAAGACACCAACGGCACCUCCCAAGACGAGAUCGACCAGUGGCUGACCGCGCACAACGAUGAGCGCGCGCAGCACGGCGCGGUCCCGCUCGUGUGGAACCAGGAUCUCGCAGACGCGGCGAUGAGCUGGGCGAGCGGUUGUGUGUAUAAGCACAACCGGGGCGGGCAGAAUAUCGCUGCGAGGUACAACACGAGAGCAAACUUCCCGCGGGAAAUCGACCGCGCGGUCGCGCAGUGGAACAACGAGCGUGGCGAGUAUAACGCCACGACCUUCAAGGGCGCCGGCCACUGGACGCAGGUCGUGUGGAAGCACAGCAGGAACCUCGGGUGCGCGGCCUACUCGUGCCCGCAGGGCACGCUGGGGAAGAAGCCGGGCGAUAAGUGGAAGUCCCUUUGGUACUACGUCUGCAACUACGAUCCCAAGGGCAACGUCGUCCCGGCGUCCAAGUACUACCCAAGCAACGUGCAGCCUUGAAGGACGACCCGAGGCGGGCGGAGCGUGUCAAGGCGAACAAUAUCUGGGAAGGGGUCUGAGUGUUGAAGGCAUGCGAAAGGGUGAAAGAAAGUCGAGUAUUUGGACAUGGUAGCCAUUGAUCUGCAUUAGGAAGGUCUUGUGUUACAAAAGGAAACCCUUGUACUUCUCACGGAAGAUGCCGCUGUCAGAUUCAAUCGGGAUCAUGGCCAGGCGUCGGAC